AUGGCUAGCCCUACUCUUCUUACCUUCGAUGCUAAGGGUUGUGCAGUCGAUUUCAACGUUUGGGUAGAUGACCUGCAGCUCUAUCUUCAGUGCGACUCUAGGGACGGAGUCUCGCUUUUCGAUCACACGUCCGGCGCCUCUGUUGCACCUGCUACUGAUGCUGCCAGUACGGUUCGCUCGCAGUGGACUACUCGUGACGCUGAUGCUCGCCUUGCUGUUCGUAGUCACCUGCCGUCUGCUGAGCGCGCGCACUUUGGCCAGUACAAGACCACUAAGUCCUUGAGGUCGGGGCUGCGUCUGGUCCUAGUGGGAGGCGCCGCAGCGGCAAGGGGCAAGGGGGGCAAGGGUGGUGGAGGGGACGGCGGGGGCGCGGUGGUGGCGGUGGAGGAGGCGCAGGGGGUGGGGGUGGAGGUGGGGGUGGUGGCGGGAGUGGGGGCGUCGCUGGCGGGGGGUGGAGGUGGGGCCGGCAGCGGCGGCGGCACUGGGGGGGUGGCGGCGGCGGUGGUGCUGGUCGGGGUGGAGCCGUGCAGCGUGGAGGCUUUGGUAGUAGCCAGCGUCAGCAGCAGCCACGUUCCCGUAAGGCCCCGUCGCCCCAGCAGCUUCGUGAGUGGUACGCUAGGCGUGGGAGGUCUGGGGGUGCUGGUCCCUGUGCUUACGUUCUCCGCACCGGCGAGCAUCGUGGGGAGACGUGCAGGCUGCCCCAUGCAACGCAACGCUAUUUCAGUCGCCUCUGUCCUCGUGUUUGUUCCCUGCGUCUUCCUUGGCUUCCCCCCUGACGCGCUUGGCUGGCAGUUUUACCACCCCACCUCGCGCCGUUUUCUGUCCUCUCAUGACAUCACGUUUGACGAGUCGGUUCCUUACUACCGUCUCUUCCCCUACGCACUGCCCCUCUCCCCCCCCCCCCUCACCGCUCUUCCUAGCACCAGGUCCUCCUUCGGUAGACCCCCUCCCCCUCAGGGUCCUGCCCCCUCAGGUGUGUCCCAGGUAGACCCUGUCGAGCCUGUCGAGGUAGCUGUCGACUCUGGUGCUGCUGGGGGUGCUGAGCCUGCGGGUACGGGGCCUAGGGGUGCUGAGCCUGAGCGUGCAGAGCUUGAGGUGCUGAGCCUGGGGUUGCUGAUUUUGAGGGUGCGGAGCCUGGGGGUGCUGAGCCUUGGGUUGCUGAGUCUGAGGGUGUGGAGCCUGGGGGUGGUGAGCCUGAGCGUGAAGAGCCUAGGGGUACUGAGCGUGAGCGUGCUGAGCCUGGAGGUACUUCGUCCUCUGGAGGUCCUACGGGUGUCUUGUCCCGACGGGUGCCACUCUCCCAACCGCAGCUGCGCGAGUGGUUUGCUCGGCGCUGGAGCCAUGUUGCUGGGGUUGGGCGGCCUACCGCUGGAGGUGCUGCUGGAGCUGGGAGUCCUACUGCUGCUGGAGCUGCUGGAGGUACUGGAGCCGCUGGUCCCGAAGGUGCUCGUUCUGGAGGUACUGGAGCUGCUGGGGCUGGUGGUGCUGUUGGAGUUGGAGCUGGAGGCGCUGGAGCUGUUACUGCUGGGGGUGCGGCUGGAGCUGGAGCUGCUGGAGGUGCUCGAGCUGGUGGUGCUGCCGGAGUUGGAGCUGGAGGCGCUGGGGCUAUUCCUGCUGGAGGUGCCGCUAGAGCUGGAACUGCUGCUAGUUCUGGAGCUAGUGGCGCUGCAGAAGUUGGAGCUAGAGACCCUGGAGAUGGGGGCACUGGUGCUGUCUCUGCUGCCUGAGUCUCGUCCUUCGUCGUCAGUUCGCGCUGCUUGCACUGGUCGUCGUGUUUCGCGUCCGCGUCCUCCUCCUCUCCCUGGCAUGCACCAGAUGGCAUUUCGUCCUUCCUCUGUUCCACUGCGUGUCCCUCUCCCGUCUCCUCCUGCGUCCUCCCUUGCUAGUGGUCCGGACCCGGAGUCUGACUCCCUUCGUGCUGCUAGUCCUACUAUCACGUGUCUCCUGGCCACUAUUGUCACUGACCCUUCUUUUAAGUCCACUGCUACAUCUGCCUUAGUUGCUGAGCUUGUUGACUUUGCUGCUCGAUGUCGUCUAGACUACGCGGCUAGUCUUGUUGCUGAGUCUGAGUCUGUCUGUCCUCCGUCCGUCGGGGGUGAGUGUGCUCUUAGCACGGACGUCCUUGAGGACAGGCAGGAGGACUUUGAGUGCUUUGCAGCUGCUGUACCUCAUCUCGUGUCUAUGCUGAUUGCACCUGAGGGAGACCCGAUGCACUAG